CGCCUUAUCGCGUCAGACCUGGCCCAAGCGUCAUAUUUCCUCGGCGCAGGCGCGUCUCCCAACUCUGCUUCGAAUAACCUCAAACCUCCGUGCAUUCCUCCCAUCACCCCAACUUCUCUCCCCUCUACGACAGCCAUGGUCGAAAACUCCACCUCUGCCUCCGCCGCUUCCAACGCCCUUGCUGUGUCUAGCAACGAAGCGCCUGGCCAACCAUACUACGAGCGCGAGCGCCAACGCCUCAAAGCGCUGCUGGCCAAGCGCCAAACCCUCGAGCGCAACCUGCAGGCAACCGAAGACGCGAUCUACAAGAAGGAGACGGAGUAUUUGGAAGAUACGCCGCAGGGGAAUAUCAUCACGGGCUUCGAUGCGUAUACGAAGGGCUCGAGCGUUGCGCCGGGCGGGGGGAGGAGGAGGGGGCAGGCGCAGGAUAUGAAUCGGGUGUUUACGAGGAGUAGUAUUAGUUUUAGGACGGAUUUGGACUCACCGGCCCCGACAGCUCAGUCGACGCCCGUUGCGACGGCACCCACGCCGGUGUCUACGGGCUUUGUGAAGGGCGAUAGUGCUUCGAAUCAUGCGACGCCUACGAGUGCCACUUCUGGCAGUCGGACGGGGGCGGGUGGAGGGGGAAAUAGCAAGAAACAUAAGAAGGGUGGAGAGGAUAGUGAGGGAGAGAGGGAUAUCAAGAAGGUUCGGACGAAUUUUGGCGCCCAGAAGAAGUGA